AACUCAUUUUCUGAUCACUGUGUGCUGUUUCCUGGGCACCUACUUGAAUAACAGAAGACAUAAAACGUUGGAAAACUUUUGCCUCACUCUGCCACGACUAGGCCCCACUCCAUUAGGUUGAGUAGAAUUAACUCUUGAGUUCGUUCUCACUAACAAGGUUGAGUGCAGACUUCCAGAAAGCUGCUCCCCUCGGCAAGUCAGUGUGUGGUUUGGGGGUGCAACCAUGUCGCCAUUUCUUCGGAUUGGCUUGUCCAACUUUGACUGCGGGUCCUGCCAGUCUUGUCAGGGCGAGGCUGUUAACCCUUACUGUGCUGUGCUCGUCAAAGAGUAUGUCGAAUCAGAGAAUGGGCAGAUGUAUAUCCAGAAAAAGCCUACCAUGUACCCACCCUGGGAUAGCACUUUUGAUGCGCACAUCAACAAAGGAAGAGUCAUGCAGAUCAUUGUGAAAGGCAAAAACGUAGACCUCAUCUCCGAAACCACUGUGGAACUCUACUCACUGGCUGAGAGGUGCAGGAAGAACAACGGGAAGACAGAAAUAUGGUUAGAGCUGAAACCUCAAGGCCGAAUGCUAAUGAAUGCAAGAUACUUUCUGGAAAUGAGUGACACAAAGGACAUGAGUGAGUUUGAGACAGAAGGCUUCUUUGCUUUGCAUCAGCGCCGGGGUGCCAUCAAGCAGGCAAAGGUCCACCAUGUCAAGUGCCACGAGUUCACCGCCACCUUCUUCCCACAGCCCACGUUUUGCUCUGUCUGCCAUGAGUUUGUCUGGGGCCUGAACAAGCAGGGAUACCAGUGCCGACAAUGCAAUGCAGCAAUUCACAAGAAGUGUAUUGAUAAAGUUAUAGCAAAGUGCACAGGAUCAGCUAUCAAUAGCCGAGAAACCAUGUUCCACAAGGAGAGAUUCAAAAUUGACAUGCCACAUAGAUUUAAAGUCUACAAUUACAAGAGCCCGACCUUCUGUGAGCACUGUGGGACCCUGCUGUGGGGACUGGCGCGGCAAGGGCUCAAGUGUGAUGCAUGUGGCAUGAACGUACAUCACAGAUGCCAGACGAAGGUGGCCAACCUUUGUGGCAUAAACCAGAAGCUAAUGGCUGAAGCGCUGGCCAUGAUUGAGAGCACCCAACAGGCUCGCUGCUUAAGAGAUACUGAACAGAUCUUCAGAGAAGGUCCAGUUGAAAUUGGUCUCCCAUGCCCCAUCAAAAAUGAAGCAAGGCCGCCAUGUUUACCAACACCGGGAAAAAGAGGUAGCUGUCCUGAGCCCCAGGGAAUCUCCUGGGAGUCUCCGUUGGAUGAGGUGGAUAAAAUGUGCCAUCUUCCAGAACCUGAACUGAACAUAGAAAAACCGUCUCUGCAGAUGAAACUGAAAAUCGAGGAUUUUAUCUUGCACAAGAUGUUGGGGAAAGGAAGUUUUGGCAAGGUCUUCCUGGCAGAAUUCAAGAAAACCAAUCAAUUUUUUGCAAUAAAGGCCUUAAAGAAAGAUGUGGUCUUGAUGGACGAUGAUGUCGAGUGCACGAUGGUAGAGAGGAGAGUUCUUUCCUUGGCCUGGGAGCAUCCGUUUCUGACGCACAUGUUUUGUACGUUCCAGACUAAGGAAAACCUCUUUUUUGUGAUGGAGUACCUCAAUGGAGGGGACUUAAUGUACCACAUCCAAAGCUGCCACAAGUUCGAUCUUUCCAGAGCCACGUUUUAUGCUGCUGAAAUAAUUCUUGGUCUGCAGUUCCUUCAUUCCAAAGGAAUAGUCUACAGGGACCUGAAGCUCGAUAACAUCCUGUUAGACAAAGAUGGACACAUCAAGAUCGCGGAUUUUGGAAUGUGCAAGGAGAACAUGCUAGGAGAUGCCAAGACGAAUACCUUCUGCGGGACACCCGACUACAUCGCCCCGGAGAUCUUGCUGGGUCAGAAAUACAACCACUCUGUGGACUGGUGGUCCUUCGGGGUUCUCCUUUAUGAGAUGCUGAUCGGUCAGUCACCUUUCCACGGGCAGGAUGAGGAGGAGCUCUUCCACUCUAUCCGCAUGGACAAUCCCUUUUACCCACGGUGGCUGGAGAAGGAGGCAAAGGACCUGCUGGUGAAGCUCUUUGUGCGAGAACCAGAGAAGAGGCUAGGUGUGAGGGGAGACAUCCGCCAGCACCCUUUGUUUCGGGAGAUCAACUGGGAGGAACUUGAACGGAAGGAGAUUGACCCGCCGUUCCGGCCGAAAGUGAAAUCACCAUACGACUGCAGCAAUUUCGACAAAGAAUUCUUGAACGAGAAGCCCCGGCUGUCAUUCGCCGACAGAGCACUGAUCAACAGCAUGGACCAGAACAUGUUCAGGAACUUUUCCUUUGUUAACCCUGGGAUGGAGCGGCUGAUAUCCUGAAUCUUGCCCCUCCAGAGACAUGAAGGAAUUUGCCUUCUCCCUGGGAGCUGGUUCAAGCGACACUGCCUGGGUUCCUUUUUCAACUUGGAAAAGAAAAGAAACACUCGACAACAAAGGCUGAGGCCCGUUCUACCCCCACGUGACUUUUAUCUGUAGCAGAAACCAAGUCUAUUUCACUAAUGACGAUGGGUCUUGACUCCUGACGCGUCUCACAGACACUCCUGAAGUUAGGUCAUUACUAACCAUAGUUAUUUACUUGAAAGAUGGGACUCUGCCCUGAGAAAGGUUUCAAAGCUUGAUACUGCAAUAAAUGAUGGCUCUUCACUCACUGCUGAUCAGGGAAAUGCUCUUUGAAUCGGGGCAAAUGGAGUACAGACAUCUCAAGACCGAAAUGGCCCCAUUGCCCGGUCUAGUAGAGGAUCUCACUCAGCCGCAAACAAGCAACUACUAACCCGUUUUAUCCUGUUCCUAUCUGUGGAUGUAUAAAUGGCUGGGGGGACAGCCCUGCAUAGGCUUUUAUGGGAAUUCUUUACAAUAAACAAGCUUGUAACUUGAGAUCUACAAAUUCAUUCAUUCUGAUUCGCCAUGAAGUCCAUGGGCAAGAGGACAGGUGGAAAGUGAGAGGGAAGUUUUGCUAGAACACCUACGCUGGCUAUCUUGUCAAGACAGAAUUGAUAUUUAGAGCUCCACCAGUUAAUAUCGUUUCGCCCUUGCCAAUAAAACCUUUCCAUCCAUCCACUCUCAUCAGAUCCCAGGAUCAGUGCAGUCAUUCAUGCUAUCCUCACAUGAUACCCAGAAAAGAACUGAAGUGGGUAAUUCUCCUGAGAAAAGAACCUCAACCCCUGCUCCUGCCAUCACUGGUGAUUUCAUGACUCAUAAGCCCCUCUGGGAGCAUCAGUCAGGAUCAAUGACCCAUUGCAUGCUGUUUGCAGCAGUCAAUUGAGUUUAAUUAGAAUUCCAACCAUACACUUUAAAAGUAUUUGUGCCGUGUGUAUAUUUUGAUAAAAUGUUGUGACUUCAUGACAAAGAGGUGGAUGUGUAAAAAAUGGAAUUAAAAAAAAAA